UUGUAGUAAAACCGGUAAAACUGUACUUUGGUGGCGUCACGAUUUUAUCAUUGUAAUGCUUGCUCUCAGCCAGACAAAACACUGAGUACAUAUUUUGUUUGAGGCAGUGUUUUAUUGAUUUGUGUUCUAAUCAAGCCACCUUAAUACCUAGGUAUCAUAUAGGUACACAAUGGUCAUAGCAAAGAAAUACGUUGUUCUAAAUCCUUUUGUAGGAGAGCCUAAGAAAAGUGAUUUCAAAAUUGUUGAAGAGGAACUUGCAGAAUUACAAGAAAAUGGUAAAAUUUUUAGCUGAAGCAGCAUUCAUCAGCGUCGAUCCAUAUCAGCGCAUGAAACUUGGUGCAAGUUUUCCUUGUGAUAUGAUUGGAGGCCAAGUUGCGAAAGUAAUAGAAAGCAAAAAUCCCGACUAUCCAGUAGGAACAUGGGUGAUGGGGCAUUUCGGUUGGAGGACCCACACAAUUACUAAACCUGAAAAUGAAAAGUUUUGUAUGCAAAAACCGUAUCUGCACAAGUUGCCAGAUUUUGGAGACUUACCCGUUUCAUUGGCUCUUGGCGUAUGUGGCCGUGUAGGGAAUACUGCUUACUUAGGCUUCACUGAAAUCUGCCAACCAAAGGCAGGCGAAACAGUGGUGGUGUCAGGCGCGGCAGGUGCAGUAGGCUCGCAUGUUGGACAAAUCGCUAAAAUCCUAGGUUGUAGGGUGAUCGGAUUCGCUGGCACUGACGAAAAAUGUGAAUGGUUAAUCAAAGAACUAGGUUUUGACUACGCGGGAAACUAUAAAACCACAGAUAUAUCAAAAUUUCUUAAAGAUAGCGCGCCGAAUGGCGUAGACUGCUACUUUGACAACGUUGGUGGGGAACUUAGCACUAUGGUCAUGUCUCAGAUGAAUCAAUACGGCAGGGUCGCCGUAUGUGGAGCCAUUUCAACUUACAAUGAAACAGAUCCUGAAAAGCGAAAAGCAACAAUACUUCAACCAUUAAUUGUCAGUAAGCAGCUGAAAAUUGAAGGGUUUUUGGUAAACAGAUAUGCAGAUCGCACUUUAGAAGGUAUACAUCAGAACUUAAAAUGGGUAAAAGAAGGGAAACUAAAAUACAAAGAACAUGUAACUGAUGGAUUCGAAACAGCAGUUGAUGCGUUUAUAGGAUUAUUUAGAGGAGACAACAUCGGUAAAAGUUUGGUUCAAGUGAAAUAAAGAAAAAGAUAUACUUUCUUAAAAUUCAAAGUAUUUAUUAUUUGUAAAACAUUCUGUAAUUAAAAUUAUAUUUAUAAAUUAAUAAAAAGCAUAUAAUUAUCAA